AUGUUUGCGAGUCCGAAGGGCAAGUCGAACGCCACGACGAUCGAUCUGACGGCCGCCCCGAAGAAGAAGACCGACAUUAUCGACCUCACGCUCGACGAUGACCGCGAAACCAGCUCACGGCCUGCUGAGGCCGAACCGCCUCGAAAGAGGCAACGGAUGCACUACGGUCCCGACUUUCCUAUUGACCCGGAUGGCGGUGACUCUGAGAAAUUCAUGCGGUGCCUGAACGCACAGGUCAGGCCAUACAUCACCGAGGCGUUGCUCAAUGUUCCGCAAGAUACGUUCAAGAUUGCAGAUAUCGCUCGACGGGUGCUCGGGGAGGUGUACCAUUCCGCUAUAGAAGACGACGUGAUCGACAUCAACCAAGGUUUCCUGUCCCAAAAUGCAGUCAAGAAGCUGGCCGCUCUCGCGCGUUAUCGUAUUGCGGACCUUUGCAACAAUUACGAGGUGAGAACCGACCCUUACACUUACGAAUACAGGAAAAAGCCCCUAAGCUUUGGUGGGAUUCGGGUCCCCCUCCACCCGGACGGAUAUCGUGGAUCGAGACUCGCUUCCGAACAAGGUCCUCCGACGGCGCCAGCCAGGCCAGCGCCGCGGCCGGCGAAGAAACAACCUCGACCGAAGCCUCCAGCGAAGAGUCGACGAGAGUCUCAGCCGGCGCCUGAGGUGGAGUACCAGCCAGAACCCGAGCAAGAACCCUACCCAGCGCCUCAACCCCCAGCUACAGAACCCCCGGUCGUCGCCGUUUCGACAACGAACUAUCGAACGAGGGCGCAGGCCAGGUCCUUCAAGUUAUGGAAGGCCCAUGAUUCACAGGCCGGGGCGGCGGCGGCUACCCCAGGCCACAAGGCCAAAGUAGCCUGGAUGACGAUGCCGCGGCGGCCAUACACCACAACGGAAGAGCGCGAGACGAUUCUUCGUGGCACCUCCAAGCUUGUACGAAACCUACCGGCGGCGACAGCGCCGGGCUCACUGCCCUUCCACGUCGACUUCACACCCGACGAGUUGGAUGACGUACGGAGAGUAGUGCGGGCUAUGUGUGACAAGAAGGUCAAGCACAAGCGGAGGGACAAUACGGAUAGAGAGCUGGGAAAGAUGCUGAGAAAGCGGCCCGACCUGCUCACGACUUUACCACCCAUGAUCGAGCUUAAGGGAACGCUUGCGCAGCGAGACCACGUUGCGAUUCGGAACUUCCUCGACGAGCUAGCGAAUCGGCACAAGAGACCGGCCCGGCAUCCAAAGGUGCUGACGUUGGAGGUUGACGAGUCCGACAAGCAGGGUGAGGCACAGCGUACCAGUCAGAUUUCUGCGCUCUUGUUGGCGCGGGAAGUCGACGGAAACCGAGGCUUCGGCCGGAUGCGUCGCCACAUCAACUUCACCAACGAGUUUAGGAAGGCUCACGAAGACGACAUGGAGAUGCGGGCAGAGUGGGUGGGCUGCGCUGGUGACAUUAUGACGAUUGCCUGGACUUCAGACACAAACUUCGUCUGCGGAGCCACGGCUCAUUCCGAUUCGCACAACCAGCAAUACAACAAGGCUGGUAAUCUUUUGCUUUGCUCGACGACGUUGGGCCAGCUGAAGGCGUAUCCGGACCACAGAAUCCCUCGACCGAUUGUCGAGAAGGGCGAGAACUCCACAGAGGCUAUGAGGGAAAGUCAGAGCCCGUGGCUCUACUCCUCCGUCGUGUCUUCUGACUAUGAUCGCAUCAAUAACCGUGCCUACACGUCGAGUUUCGACAAAACUGUCAAGGUGUGGAAGGUCGAUGACAGAGGAGCAAAUAUGGAGGCUUUAGGCACUUGGGAACACGCGGGCAAUGUCAACUUUGUGGCUGUAUCUAAACACGAAUCUGGCAUGGUGGCGACUGCUGCUGAUGUGCCCACCCAAGCUGUCCGGGUCUACCGCGUUGAUAACGACAACGUAUCUCAGAGCCCUUAUCAGGUAUAUACCGGCUCGAGAACAUGGGACGAAGGGAAUGAGGAGACGACAGCAACCCAGAAAUGGGCUUACUUUCCAGCAACGAUGCAAUGGGGCUUAGCCGAAGGUGUGCAACACUUGCUUCUCGUUGGCUACUCCCCUCGCAGUCUCACGGGAGAUGAUAACGAUAUUCCCGAUGAGAAGUUGAACACCGGCGAAAUCUGUCUUUGGAACUGCCUCACGGGCGAAAAGAUCAAGGUUUUGACGGCGUCUACACAGAACGUCUUUGAGGUGGUUUGGCAUCCCACUCUACCGAGCUUCAUUGUGGCAACAUCCCCGGCUGGGCUGAUGGUUGACGACGAGACUCUGACGCAGAUUCGCAUCUUCCGCCCUAGCUUGACGCCUGAAGGCGACACAGCCUUUGGCGAGAUGCAGUGCCUGGACUGUCCGGCCAAGGAUAUCAACGAGCUCACAAUCAAGCCCAACAGCGUCCUCUGCUCAUACGUGACUGCGGCUUGCACCGAUGGAAAAGUGUACGUCUGGGAUACCUCGCGAGGCGACAAACCUAUCCACGCUCUACGGCAUAAGAAGCCGAUCGACGAAUUCGAUCCAAAUUUGGGAAAGCGAGAAGACCUGGACGUGGGCGUCAAAUUCACGGCGUGGGGGACUACAGCGGAUCGCUUCUACACAGGCGGGUCAGACGGAGUAGUCAAGGUGUGGAACGUACGCAAUUUCCGGCAGCCCCUCGUCCGGGACCUUCUAGAGGCUCCUGGAGCUAUAGCAUGCGGAGCUUUCUCUCCAUGUUACUCGAGGCUUGCUAUCGGAGACGCGAGUGGUCGAGUGAUGCUCCUCUCGCUGAACAAGGAGGACGAGCCUCCGGCCAAGUUCGUCCUACCCCCGAUGCCGGCGGGCAUGCGACCUCGUCGUCCCGUGCGCCGUCCGAUACCCGUCAUCGAGCACGCCGAUCCCCCGGCUCCACACCAGAAUAAUCAGGACCAAGAGCCCAAGACCGGAGUCGAGAGAGGACGAAGAAUGCUCUCCUCUGGCCAACUCAUUCGUCACCCGGACGCCACCGUCGGCGUCAUCCAGGGGCCUGCGUAUUUCACCUUAGGCCUGCACUGCCCCAAAUCGCAUUUUGAAGGCGAUGCGUCCCAGCCCCUGUUGGCGAAGGUCGAGGAGAUUCAGCAGGAGAACCAAAAGAUGUUCCGCCGUAGGUCGCUGCGGGUUACCCGUCUCCGGCCGCUGACUGACGUGGGCUCCGUGGCCCUCGAGCGUCGGCAUGCGCGCAACGUGUCGAGGGACUUGGAUCUGCAAGAGCUUUGCGAGAUGACGAAGCUCAAUCUGCUCAUGGACCAGGUGAAUAUCGACGACCCUAUCUACGAUGAGGGGUGGGAUUUCGAAUAUGAGGAGGGUGACCUCGAUAAGAGCAUUUGGGCUACGCUUUCGUGA